AUACCUCUUCCGGGGAAACAUCGUCUGCUUCUUCAAGUAGCCUUUGAAAAGAUAUGUAUCGAGUAUCGAUAGCGAGUAAUCGAAAGUGCCUUUUGACACUUUAAGUCAAGAUGUCAAGAUGACUUGAAGGAGGCAGGGACCUAUUUCAUUUCCGGUUGUCGACCGACGAGAAAUUGUUCAUUUGGCAUGUGCUUUUGAAGUGAAACAGAAUUACAAGAAAUCAAGUAAGGGGAAAACAUGCCACAAAAGGUGUUAACACGUCGCCAGCGGAAGGCAGCCGAUGCCACACGUCAAGCAGAAGAAGAGGCGCUCAAGAAUCCACAACCAGUGACCGCUGUGAAGGGUGUGAAAAGGGUUCAGGCAAAGCCGCCGGAGAAGCAGCAGCAGAUAACACCAGGAGGUAAGCCCCCCGCACCCACGCCCCUAUCACCGCCAAAGCCACCGACAAGUGGCAGAACAGGGACUGCUCCAAUCAACAAGACAGCAAAACUGACACAGAAGCGGACACAAUCGAGCAAACUGGUGGAGUCGAUAAUCUACAGCAAGAACCCAGUGCCCAGUGGAAGGCUUCCGAAGAAGAUGCCCGAGGCACUAAACCUUGAGCCCAAGCCCCUUUCUGGGGCUAAGCCUCGGACUGCUGGCUCAGCCUCAGCCUCUGCCCCUGCCGCUGCCGUUGGCCCUGGCACUAGCACGGAAAGUGAAAUGUGGCGCGAGAUUCACCCCGGGCAUCAGAAGCGUGCCAAGGAGCAUCUGCUUUCGAUAUGGAACAAAAUACAGAAACAUAUGGGCGUCAGCACCAUGAACUCUAAAAACUCGCACAAGACGGUGAAUAUCCCAUUGCUGAAUAAGAUCUGCGAGGAAAUCAAGAGUCGUUGGCAGGGAAUCUUGCCGGCUGAGGGCGAAGAGACCCAGCCGGAGAUCUAUGGGAGGCGCCAGAGAGAAGUGUCGCCGAGCUUGUCCUCGCUGAGCUUCACACCCAGUGAAAUGGAGCUGAUUCCCCAGACAUUGGAAGCAGUCGAAAACUAUUUGGCGAGCGUCGGGACUGAAAACGAGUUCGACUUCGAGAAGUCAGUACAGCAGGCUGAUGCCGCACAGAUUUCGCCUCAGUUGCAGCCCGAGCUCCCCGAAAAUAGUGUGAAAAAGCCCGAGAAAGCCCAGAAAUCUGUUACCAUCCGUCCAGACGACUCCAUUGAGAUCAUUGGCCAAACCGGCUACUUCGUCAUCACCGGCACAGACGAACAGUUGGCCCAAAAGCUCAUCGAUCUGAAAGACCAAGGCGUUACUGUCGAGCAGUCCAUACAGCUCCCGGAGGGCACUGAGGGGAUAGUGCUGCAGCAGCUGGAGGAGCUGCUCCUGAACCGUGAGCAGAUUAUCCAGAAAAUGCACUCAAAGCAUGACACGCUGUCGAUGAGACGCGAGCCGCGUGAGAAAAAGAAGCUGAACAAGAAAGCAUAA